AUGUUCCAAAUUCUUCCUGUUAUCGCUGCUUCGUAUUUCAAUUUGACUACACUUCCUGUAGAGAUGUGGUCAACAAUUUUAAAGUAUCUAGACCCACUGUCUCUUCUUGACGUUGCUAGAUCAACAACUUAUUUAUUUAACGUCUGUCAAGGAGACCCAAUGUUAAGGAAACAAUUACAACGAGGAUUGAAAGAAGAGACAAAUCUUGCUAUAGAUUUGAUUGCCAAUCCACGAAAGAUUCUCAUAGCUAAGAGAAGAUUACUUGCGAAGAAGGCAUUUCACAAUGUUUUCGAGAGAAAGGAAAAUUUUACAAAUAUUUUGAAAAGAAAAGCUUCAAGGGAUUUGGAAGAUAAUCGUAGACCAACAAAGAAGGUCAAAUUAUGUAGAAUUUGA